UUCAUCACUUUUGUAAGUUUUCCAUGGCCUUAGAGACGGAAGAGGCAAGUAAGAUGGUGGUUGAUGAUCAGCAACCACCAUCGUUAGUAGUUGAAGGCGUGGACGAUAAGAACAAAUCGCCACGACAUCCUCGUUGGACAAGGCAAGAAACACUUACUCUUAUAGAAGGCAAGAAAAUUGCUGAGAAUAGAGGUCGAAGGGGACGAAGAUCCAGUUCAGUUUUUGGGUCAGACCAGAUUGAACCCAAAUGGGAUUCGGUUGCAUCGUAUUGUAAACAACAUGCUGUGAACCGUGGACCGGUUCAGUGUAGAAAAAGAUGGAGUAAUAUCGUGGGUGAUUUCAAGAAAAUAAAAGCAUGGGAGUCACAAGUGAAACAUGAAUCUGAUUCUUAUUGGGUGAUGAGGAAUGAUUUAAGGAAAGAAAAUAAGUUGCCUGGUUUUUUCGAUAGGGAAGUAUUUGAUGUGUUAGAUGGGAAAGCAGUUACAAUGGCUGCUUAUAAACUGGCAUUAGUGACAGUAAGUUCAGAUACAAAAGAUGAAAAUGAGGUGGUUGUGGUGGCUGAGGAGGAAGAAGAGGAUGACAUGAAUGCUGCUGUGGAGCCGGAUGUUGUUUUUGAUAGUGGUCGGCAUGCGACGUCAGAUGAUGGUCUUUUUCAAGAUUCUGACAAAUUGGAAGAGGAUGAAAAUGGCAAUGGUGAUGAUGAUGAUCCAACAAAGAUCCAUGACCCGAUGCCUAUAUCAGAGAAGAGAUAUCAACCAUAUCACCUGGAGUACACCCAAGCAGGUACUACAAAGGAACCGCAGACAAAUGCUGCUUCAAGGAAACAAUGCAUGUCUCAGGAAGGCUGUAAGAGGAGAAGGGUAUCCACAAAUGAAGACCAUGACAAAAACUUUGAUGAUCGGUUAAUUGACGUUCUUACAAAUAGUACCAACAUGUUGAACGCGCGACUUGAAGCAGAUAACAUAAAUUCUCAGUUGGACAGGGACAAAAGAAAAGACUACAAUGACAGCUUGAUAUCUGCUCUUAACAAGAUUUCGGAGGCCUUAACGAAAAUCGUUGAUAAAUUAUAACAGAAGGCAGUGGAGAAUAGAAGAUUUUUCUUGUAAACUUCCUAUUUCAAUUCAAUUUUCUUUAGACCAUUGUGGUAAUGAAACAAAGACAUAAAGUUCUAGUCUUUGCAUGCA